AUGGCAUUGGAGGCCGUGGUGUUCUCGGGAGGAUUCUGUGGGUACGGUGCCGGCAUUGAGUUGGAGGGGAGCAACGCCUGCUGGGCCGCCUCCCUCAUGAUCCCGGGCGCGGAAGUCCCGCACGGAAGCUCCUCCUUGGCAGCGCCGCCGCCGCCGGUCCACGGCGGUGAUCGUGGAGGCGCGGUGGUGGUGGCGGCGACGUCGGGCACGGCAGGGAGGAGGAAGCGGCGCAGAGCGAGGAGCGUGAAGAACGUGGAGGAGGCGGAGACCCAGCGGAUGACCCACAUCGCCGUCGAGCGCAACCGCCGCAAGCAGAUGAACGAGUACCUCGCCGUGCUCCGCUCCACCAUGCCGCCUUCCUACGUGCAAAGGGGCGACCAGGCGUCCAUAAUUGGCGGCGCAAUCAACUACGUCAAGGAGCUGGAGCAGCUGGUCCAAUCCCUGGAGGCGCGCCGCCACGCACGCCUCCGCAACCCCGUCCUCGACGACGUCUCAGCCGCCGUAGCAGUACAUUUCGCGGACUUCUUCACCUUCCCGCAGUACACAAUGAGCGUCCGCCCUCACGUCCCGGACCCCUCCGCCACAACAGCAUCCGCGGACGACACGGCGGCCGACGCCGACGAGAUGGCGUCCGGCUCCAAGCAUUCGGCCAUGGCGGACAUCGAGGUGACAAUCGUGGAGAGCCACGCCAACCUGAAGCUGCUCUCCCGGCGGCGGCCGAGGCAGCUGCUGAGGAUCGUGGCCGGGCUGCAGGGCCACCGUCUCGCCGUGCUGCACCUCAACGCCACCAGCGCCGGCCAGAUGGCCCUCUACUCUCUCAGCCUCAAGGUGGAAGACGACUGCCGGCUCUCGUCGGUGGACGAUAUCGCGGCGGCGGUCCAUCGCAUCGUCGAGACGAUCGAGCAAGAGGAGGAGCACAAGGAAGCGAGCCGCCCGCCCGCCGUCGCCUCCUCUCCGCCGCAGCUCCCGCGCCGCGCACCACCUCUCCCUACGGAGCGUGACGAGAAGACGCUGGUGCUCGUUCAGCGCGUCGUCGCCUGCCCUCCCCAGCUGCUCUGCCUAGAGGAAGAGUUCGAUGGCACGACGAAUCUGCUCCUCUUCGCGGGCGCGGGCGUCGUCCUGCAACUUCUUCUGCAACUCGAACGACUCGACGAGCGCUAG